ACUUUCUAUUUACAUCCAACACUUCAAUCACCUUUUUCAUAUCUUCAACUUUCUUUCAUUUUCAACACAAACUCAAAAACAAUGGGCAGUCUUGAAACUGAGAAAACCAUUGUUGGAUGGGCUGCAAGAGACCCUUCUGCACUUCUUUCUCCUUACACAUACACUAUUAGAAACACAGGACCAGAGGAUGUUUUGUUAAAGGUUACAUAUUGUGGAAUUUGCCAUACUGAUCUUCAUCAAGCUAAGAAUGAUCUUGGAAUGUCACGUUACCCUAUGGUUCCCGGGCAUGAGGUGGUUGGUGAGGUGGUGGAAGUUGGAUCAGAGGUAACCAAGUUUAGAGUUGGAGAUACAGUUGGAGUUGGUGUUCUUGUAGGUUGCUGUAGGGAUUGUUUGCCUUGUAAUACUGAGAUUGAGCAGUAUUGCAACAAGAAAAUCUGGAGUUAUAAUGAUGUUUAUACUGAUGGAAAACCUACUCAAGGAGGGUUUGCUCAAUCCAUGGUGGUUGAUCAAAAGUUUAUGGUGAAAAUACCAGAUGGUAUGGCACCAGAGCAAGCAGCACCACUAUUAUGUGCUGGUGUGACAGUUUAUAGCCCACUGAACCACUUUGGACUGAAAAAAAGUGGGCUAAGAGGAGGAAUUUUAGGGCUUGGAGGAGUAGGUCAUAUGGGGGUUAAGAUAGCAAAGGCAAUGGGACAUCAUGUGACUGUGAUCAGCUCAUCAGACAAGAAAAAAGUGGAGGCUUUAGAACAUCUUGGUGCUGAUGAAUAUUUAGUUAGCUCGGAUGCAAAUGUGAUGCAACAAGCUGCUGAUUCUCUUGACUAUAUCAUUGAUACUGUUCCUGCUGUUCAUCCUCUUGAGCCUUAUUUGUCUUUGUUGAAACUUGAUGGGAAGUUGAUCUUGAUGGGUGUUAUUAGUGCUCCAAUGCAGUUUAUUACUCCUAUGCUCAUGCUUGGGAGGAAGAUAAUCACAGGAAGUUUCAUAGGAAGCAUCAAAGAAACAGAGGAAAUGCUCGAGUUCUGCAGAGAAAAAGGAGUAACCUCAAUGAUUGAAGUUGUCAAAAUGGAUUACGUCAACACUGCCUUCGAACGGCUCGAGAAAAACGACGUCAGAUAUCGGUUUGUUGUGGAUGUUGCAGGCAGCAAGCUUGAUGCAUAAUGAACUAGCAAAUAUCCAAGUUUACUUGUUUUUUAAGUCAUCUAUAAUGUGGGGAUAUAAAGUUGUUGUUCUUUCUCUGCUUUUGAUAAUAAAGAAGCUGAGGUGUGCUCUCUUUUUUAUCUUAAUUCUACAUUUUGGUUGGGAUUAUAUGUUUUUUAUUUAAAAAAAUUGUCUUUUUGAUAAUGAGAGAUACCAAAUUUGCAAAAAGUGUUUGUGAUAUAGAUAUGAAAUGUUGAGAUUUUACUUUUAUGGAUUUGGUAUUUUGUCA